UGUAGUAAGCGGACGUUGUCAAAAAGAUCAAGUGAACACUAAAGCUGAUAUCUGGUGUUACAACUGUGAUGAAGGAUUAUGCGCUACGUGUUCAUGCCAUCAUGAAAGAGUUAGUUUAAUAACUCAUGAUCAAAAUACCGUUGAUAUUCAAACCGAAUGUGACGCACAUAGUCAACAGAUCAAGUCGUAUUGUCCAAGUCAUCUAAAGCCUUGCUGUGAUGAAUGCAUUUCUUCGAGCCAUUCAAAAUGUACUGGGAUAAAAAAAUUAGCAAGUGUAGUGGAGACAACCAAGAUUGAAGAAUCCAAAAAGUCAAUAGAAAAAGACAUAAACUCCAUCUUACAUUUUUUGAAUAAAAUGGCUCACAACAAAUCAGAAAACAUACAAAGAGGAGAACGACAACACCAAAGUAUCAAAAAAUCAGUCAGAAAAAUUCGAAAGGAAAUCAAUAAACAUUUGGAACACUUAGAGACAAAAAUACUCAAAGAAGCUGAUACUGUAUGGAGCCAGGAGAAAUCAAAAUUAACAGGUUUCAUUACGGAAAUUGAAGAAAAAGAGAAAAGUUUAAAAGAACUGAAAAAUAAUUUACGUACAAGUAAUGUACAUGCAUCAAAACUCCAAUCGUUUCUAGGAGUACAUCAGAUUGAACAACAAGUACAUCAAUAUCAACUAUACAUCGAAGAACAAAAUGAGACGGUUAGAGAGGUUGACAUGUUACUUAAGCCAAAUAAUGAGAUCGAUCAGAUACUAAGCAAAGUGAAAUUAAUAAUUUCCUUAGGAGAAGUGGAGGUUGAUGAAACUAAAACAACUCUGAGGAAAGAAACAAGCGUAAACAAGGAAGCCCAAGUAGACACACAAGAACAAAAUAAACAACCAAACAUAAACAACAUGACAAUGAAUAUUGAAACAAAGUUACAUACCAACUUAAGUAAUAUUGCCAGCAUAAGUGACAUGAUUUUUCUUACAGAUGGAAGAGUUAUAGUAGUGGAACCUCAUGGUAAAGUUAAUAUACUUACUUCAGAUGCCAAACUUCAGAAACAGCUACCAAUAGCUGAUGGAGCCUGGAGUGUCACAGAGAUUAAACAGGCCGCUAUUGCUAUUACCUAUCCUCUUCUGAAAGUCAUCAAGAUGAUCAAUAUAGAGAAUGAAACCAUAACAAAAGUUCUCACAUUAGACAAACAAUGUUGGGGUUUACUUUUCUUCAAUAAUGAUCUUGUUGUAGGUUUGGGUAAAAAUGAAAUCCGUACUAUAGACUUGGAAGGAAAUACACUGAGGUCCUUUGAAGUUAAAAAUAAAUCACAACUGUUUCAUCUUGUUAACUGUAAUGACGCAGUUAUCUAUACUGACUAUCGUGGCAAAGCAGUUAGCUGUAUUGAUGGAUCAGGUAAACAUAUCUGGCAAUAUCAACAGGAUUUAUCAGGACCAAAGGGACUUUGUACAGAUACUUAUGGUAACGUUAUUGUAGCAGACUGGAAUUCAGAUAGAAUAAUAGUGAUAUCAAAGGAUGGACAGAAUAGUAAAGUUCUGGUUAGUGAAGCAGAUGAACUGAUAGGGUCAAGGUGCAUUUGUUUUUGUGAUUCAUUUGGUUUUAUUUGUAAUCUUUUACGUACAGGCGUUUACUUUACAAAAGUCAAUUUAUCUUAUGAAUAGAUAUGGCCUGAAAAUCUAAGAAUAUUACUUGCAACUAAGAACAUAUUUAUGUGAAGCAUAACGUUGAAUUUAAAAUGCAGAUUGAUCUUAAAGGUUUUUUUUAAUAAAGACUAAGGGUAAAAUAAAGGGUGUAUAUAAGAUUUUUAAAUACAAGAAAAGAUUAGUAUGAAAAUAACAGCGCCGUUACAACUUAGAAUAAAUCGCAGUAUUUUUGACAUUUUUA